AUGAACUUCCUCACCGCGAUCAAGAAGCCCGAGCACUUCGACAGCUGGCUCUUUGGCGACGAUGUCGCGGACCCGCGCCCGCCAUUGGCGCCGACAGCGAACCGGUCGACGCCUGCGUCGCCGAUGGCCGACGACCAUAGGCCAUCGUCCGCCAGCACCAAGCUCGCGCAGGCCGCGACGGCGAUCCAGGACAAGUACAAGAAGUUGGCCAAGAACAACAUGAACGACAAGACGAUCUCUAGCAGCUAUCCGAUGCCACUGAGCAAGAAGUUUCGCAAGUACCUUCGCGACAAGCAGCGCGCCGCCAUGGACGAAAAGCAGCGCCGGCUCUUGCAGCUCUCGGAAGUCAGCCGCCUCCGCGCGCACGCGCUGUUCUCGCUGCACGAGAUUGACCCAAAGAAGCUGCCGCGCCUUCUCGAUUUCUUGGCCAAGACGACUGACGACGGCAACUACCACCACGUCCUUCUCUUCGUCCUAGGCUCGAGGAAGAGCGCGACGCGGCGCGCCUGCAGCAUCUCGGCGACGCUCGAGCUCGAAGAGAUGGUGCUGGUGAGCGUCCAGACCGACGACAUUGGCUGGGUCGGGUUUCGCCCGAUCCAGCACCUCGCGUUCAAGCGGCUCACGCGCGAAGAGCUGCCGCGGAUCCUCAAAAGCACCGAGUACCUCGACAUGCUGCAGGUCUCGGAGCACACGGCCGCCUUUAAUCGCCAGCAUUUCGAGCUCUACUUUGGCUCGACGUCGAGUACGUUCUGA